AAUUCAUUCAAUUUCCAUCUUCUCUUCCCCCAAAUUCUCUUGAAACCCUAAUUCUUUUACCAAUUAAACACCAUUUUUGCAAUCUAAUCAAACCCUAGAAGAAGGUGAAACAAUGUCCACAAGACUUCAAAAGGCAAUAGGAGCAGUCAAAGAUCAAACCAGCAUAAGUCUAGCCAUAGUCAACGGUUCAUCGAACCUCGAGGUCGCCAUCGUCCGAGCCACCACCCACAACGAUGAUCCAAUCGAGGAGCGCCACAUCUACGACGUCCUCCAACUCGUCUCCUCCAACAAAAUCCAUGCCGGGGCGUGUGCCCGAGCCAUCGGAAGACGGAUCAGUCGGACUCGUAAUUGGAUCGUCGCACUGAAGUCGUUGAUGCUCGUGCUCCGGAUAUUCCAAGACGGUGAUCCGUACUUCCCGAGAGAGGUUCUCCAUGCUAUGAAACGAGGCGCCAAGAUUCUCAACCUCUCGAACUUCCGAGAUGAAUCGCAUUCGAGCCCGUGGGAUUACACCGCGUUUGUUCGGACGUUUGCUCUGUAUUUAGAACAACGAUUGGAUUGUUUUCUCACCGGAAAACUUCGACAACGAUAUACGUGUAAAGAGAGAGAUGGAAGUCAUAGCUAUAGGACGAUGGCGAACGAAUCGCUUCGUGAUAUGAAACCUUCAAUGUUACUAGAUCGGAUUGCAAGCUGGCAGCGGUUGCUCAAUCGUGCAAUCGCUACCAGGCCAACUGGUUCAACCAAGAUGAACCGGUUGAUUCAAAUCUCUCUUUACGUUGUCGUGAAAGAGAGUUUUGAUAUCUACAAGGAUAUAACCGAGGGAUUAGCGCUUAUUCUCAAUAAUUUCUUCCAUUUACAAUACGAAGCAUGUGUAUGUGCGUUUGAAAUUUCCGUUAUGGCGGUGAAGCAAUUCGAAGAGCUCAACGAGUUUUACUCGGUAUGUCAAACGAUAGGGGUAGGGAGGAUUUCCGAGUACCCUAACAUCCAAACGAUAUCGGAAGAAUCCCUCGAAAGAAUGGAACAUUUUUUGGAGGAUCAAUCUUCGUCUUCAGGGCAUGUGAGACCACCGAAUAAGCCGCUCGUUGUCCCGGAUCCGGAAGUGAGAUCACCGUCGAGCUGUGAUGGUAGUUGGCAACCCAACCUCGAUGCAAGAUCGGAAUUUGGUACACAAUGCUCGUCGAUAGAGGAUUUGAUCAGUGCUACAGAGACGGGGAAAAGACCGUCUAUAUCGAUCGAUUUGGAGGCAUAUUCAGAUCAGUUUGAGAAGACAUACCAACAAGAAGAACCGUUUAGAGUGAGUUACACGGGUUCCACCCAAUCGUUGCCCGUGAUGAACUCGAUGAUCGACCUUCUCUCGUUAGAUGAUUGGCCACCAGAGGAACAACAAGAACAAGAACGAGAACAGGAGUUGUUCGAUACCGUGAUACUGAACGAUUCGACCAACCCCCAACACUCGACAUCAAGCAACGACCCGCUGCAAUCUAGUUUAGACAAAAGCUGGGAGCUCGUUCUGGCCGAGAGUGUUGAACGGCUACCGCAGUCUCGAGAAAACAGUCUUGACGGUUUCGGGAAUCUUCAAGUACACGACACAUACUCUAGACGAAAACAACCAGAGUCUAACGAGGGUUGGGAACUUGCCUUAGUAGGGACCCCUGGACCACAACAAACUCAUCAAGGCAUUUCAUCAAACACCUUCGAUGCAUCUACCGCUAUCACAUUAUAUGAUCAGCCUCCACCUCAAUCGCCGUCACUAAACCAUUACAACCCGUUUUUAGACGUCAUACCUGCCACGCCGCCACGCCGCCCUUCACCAACAAUGGAUUUCGGAGCAAACUUUUUGGGUGUCAAUCCGUUCUCAUCACCACCACCAUUUCCGAGGACCACUCCCAGCCAAAACGAUCCUUUUUCAGCAGGAUUACGAAAAACACAGAGUGAUCGAUUUGCACUCCCACCACACCAGCGCCAAAAUGAUCGGUUCUUGGUCAGAUCAAUCAGCAGCCAGAAUGAUCCGAUCCCACGAUCAUCUUUUACACCGCCAGCACACGGCGAUCAGAGUGACCCUUUUGGGCCAUACAUUCAGAUAAAAGAUCCUUUUAGUGAGAGAAUGAACCAACAAAAUUUGCUAAAACAGCAACAGUUAUGGUUGCAACACCAACAAAAGAUCAUGGAUAGAAAUAUGGCAAACAUUUGA